AUGGCGCAAGCCGGCCUCCUCAAUUCAUUCCUCGCAGCUGUGCAGGCAAGCUUAUCAGUCCUGCUCGUCAUAUUCUACGGAGCUCUCUCAGCGCGCCUAUCGCUCCUAAACAGCGCCAACGCGAAAUCCAUCUCCAAAAUAUGCGUCAAGUUGUUCCUCCCGGCCCUGCUGCUCACGCAAAUCGGCUCGGAGCUGCACUCAGGGUCUGCGUAUCGAUAUGUAGUGAUUCUCGUCUGGGCGCUGCUGGCGCAUCUCGUAUCGUUUCUGAUUGGAGUUGGUGCGCAUUUGCUCUUGGGCAUGCCGGAUUGGAUCACGGCUGCUAUUAUGUUCAAUAAUACGACGAGUUACCCGCUGCUGCUUAUUCAGAGUCUGGAUGAGACGGGCAUUCUGGGGAGUCUGAUUAUUACGGAUGAGUCGACUAGGGAUGCGAUUGAAAGGGCCAAAUCGUACUUUUUGGUCUUUGCUACUGUGUCGAGUUGCUUGACGUUUGCGGUGGGGCCGAGACUUAUUGAUUCAGAGCAUGCUCCUGCUAAACCGAAUGAUAAAUCAGGCGAGGAUGAAAGCGAUAAUGAGGAUGAAGAGAACGGGAAUGUGAUUGGAAAUGGGAAUGGAAAUGGCGAAGGAUGGGAUGAUAGUAAUGAUGAUGAGGAUCUCUCGCCUACUGAUCAGAGCCACCUUCUUCCUCGGAAUCUCCCAAGGCUAUCUGUGGUGUCUAAAUCCUUCUUCCCGUCCAAACCCCGCGAGCCCUCCAACACACCCACCACCCCCGACCACCGCCCCUCAUUCAUCACCAAGAAACGCUGGCGGAAAGCCAGCGACCGCGCUCGCUGGUGGGUCCUCUUCCUCUACGACUUUCUGAACAUGCCUCUCCUCGGCGCCGUGCUCGGCGCCAUCAUCGGUCUCAUCCCCGCUCUCCACCGAGCAUUCUUUAAUGACACGCAAGACGGCGGCAUCUUCACAGCAUGGCUCACCGCGUCCCUGAACAACAUCGGCGGGCUCUUCGUCGCGUUACCCGUCCUGGUAGCAGGCGUAUCGCUCUACACGGCCAUGAAAAAGUCCCAAGCUCAAAGCGCGGAAGAAUUAUCAGCGAGCGCUACGCCAUGGCUGACUACCGUUUUCGUACUUGUGGUCCGGUUUGUGGUGUGGCCUGUGAUUUCAAUUGCUGUUGUGUACGGAUUGGCGAACAAGACGGAUGUGCUGGGCACGGAUCCGAUGUUGUGGUUUGCGAUGAUGCUGAUGCCGACUGGACCGCCGGCUAUGAAGCUUAUUACGAUGGUGGAGGUUAGUGAUUGUGACGCCGCGGAUGAGGAUAAGAUUGCGAAGUUGUUGACUGAAGUUGCAUAUCGCAUUGCUGCGGCUAAAGUGUGCAAGAGCUGCGCCACAACGCCCCGGACUCCUCUGAACCCCUCCUCCCCGCCAACUCAGCACUUCGAACUAUGCCCUCCACCUGCUCCAGAAUUCAUGGCAAGUAAUGUGCCAUCGCCGGGCAGUAAUGCCAACGGCUUUGGCAGUCAAGAAGAUCUAUUUGGCCACGGCAACGGGCAUGGAGGAUGGGAUCCGAAUGUUCCCCCACCUCCCGAACUUUCGGCCCUCGAAGACAUCUACAUCGAUGGCCUCUUCGACUUUGAGGCCAUAAAUAACCAUGACGUACUUUUUGAUCAGCAAGAAAGUCAGGAAGCUCGGGAGAUUGACAGCGUGGCCGUGAAAGAAGUGGCAGAUAUACAACAGGACGAUCCGCUACAAAACCUAGCCUCGUGGGACCAAGCUGCGGCGACUGCGGAUGAAGAAUUACGGCCACUGCUCGGUAUCCCUAAAGCUGGUAUAACUACAUACCCUCUCGUGGAAACGGAAGAACGACCGAGAAAGCGCACGCGAUUCACGGGGGUGGAGGAUGAAAUACACGAAAGACGAGAUGAGGAUUUCUAG